AUGGCGGCCUCCUGCACUGACAACCAAAAGAGUCCGCUAGAAAUCAAAGAUUCGUCGAGUCCAAAGCUUCCGAGGGCGGCGAUCAAUGAUAUAGAGAACCAUGAAGAAACAGGCGUUCCUUUAAACACAGCUUGGACCUUCUGGCUGGACAAGUCGGUCCGCUAUUCCACUGCUGCAGAGUAUGAAGCAAAUUUGAAGAAACUGUACACUGUCAACACUGUCCAGAGUUUCUGGAGUGUAUACAACAACAUCCCAUGCGUUAGUCAGCUCAGUAGUCGAUACAGUUACCACCUGAUGAGAAACGAACGCCGGCCCAUCUGGGAGGAUGAAUGUAACAGACGAGGCGGCAAUUGGAGAUUAAAGUGUAUGAAAUAUGACUCUCCUAUAGUUUGGAAGGAGUUACUAUUGGCAGCCAUUGGUGAACAAUUCUGUGAUUACAUGUGCGAGGGUGACGAUGUGACAGGUCUGAGUGUCAGUAUCAGGGAUCGAGAUGACAUAAUCCAAAUAUGGAACUGUGAUGCAAAACUGGCGGAGCAGUCCAAAAUAGUCGAGAAGGUUAAGAAGCUGGUCCCUAACGUCGUAUUCUCGGCCAUAUUUUAUAAAGAAUUCCAGACACAUCAAGCAUUUGAAGGUAAAAAGUGAGUGAGAGGACGUGAUCACAGGAAUACAAGCUGGGUUCAAUCAGUCAAGAAUAUCGUUGUCCAGAAGACAAGUCUUGUAUUCAGUGGUGAAGUUGUUAUUAGAUUUUGACUUGUUGUCACGACUGGAUUUAGAGAGGCAAAUUCCUUGAUGUGUGUGGCAGUCAUAUCAUUGAGUUGUUACUUGUUAGGGUGUUUGCCGUUGUGUUGACAAGUUUGAAACCCUGCACAGACAGCCAAAAGAUUUCAUGAAGUGUUUUGUGGCUGUCUGAUGUUUUGUAUGGAGAUGUAAUCAGUGGUUGUUUGUAACUGCGGCUAUAAGCAGGUACUUCACAUUGACGAAAAACCUCAGGAUGGUUGGAUGGGUAUGUUUGUGUUAGCUCUUUGGGGACCUCAGGAUUAAAAGACUUACUCCACAUGAUCAGGCUCAGUCAAUGGUUUCAUAUCAAUGGGACCAACCGGCGUUGAUAUGUUGAGUUAGAAUUGUUGGAUGGUUCUACUCUCAGUCUUACAGAAAUCUACGUUGUAGAUGGGAAUGUUUUUUCACAUGAAUGGAUGUGACAGAGUGUGACAGGUCAAAUCAUCUAGAGCAUUGUCUUACUCAGAUGACUCCUGAUGGAGGUCAAUUUUCUGAUUGUUGCUUCAGUGCCUUCUGGUUGCCUUUUCAAAAGAUAGAUGUGUGUACCUGUUUGCAUUUGCCAUGAAUUCUGACACCUUUGCCUGGCCUGAUCAAGAAGCUCCUUAAAGAGUUAACACUGCUGAGCACAACCAGAGUCUGAGUUCAAUACUGGUGCAUGUACAUAUGGAUAGGAUAUUUAAAUGAUGGUCAAGGUCAAGUCUCGUUUGCACAGCUGUAUAGCACUGUCAUUGGUGAGACCUUGACUUCAGCUGGUCUGGCCAGAUGUUGAAAUCCAUGUUAAAUAAAGUGUGGAAUUGACAAUGAUAAUAGCACUUUCAUGUAUACACAUAUGUGGGUGGAGAAAAAUGAGAGACUUCUCAAAUAUGAUCAACACCAAAUCAUUUCCUCAUCUUCAAGAUUCAUGUAAGUUGUACUUAUAAACAUAAGAGACAUUCCCUUUUCCUCUGCCCAGUUAAGUAGGAACUUCUCCAAUUUCAUGUGAGAACUUUUCUCAAAUUAGGUCGUAAUUUGUGAUAACAAGGUUUUCAAUGUCUUGCCUGACCAAAUAAAAUACUGCCUCCUUCCUUGAAGAAGAUUUUAUAGUCCUGUUAUCAUUGUACUUCUUUUGCCAAAGCACUACAUCACCCAUGGUCAGUUUCAGUUUUGGUAUCUACGUGAGAAAACUCGAGUGUACAUACCUUAUGAAGUUUCUUCUGUCUGGAACUGACAGUGGCUAAGGUGAGUUUUGAGUUUGGCAAAAGGAGUAGUUAUCAUCAUCGUCAAAUAUAUCUCAUUGUCAUCCUUGUCAUUAGUCGAUCCAUUUGGGUCAAAUGGUAUCAGGUUGGAAUAAACGCAUAUGUUUUUCGAUGUCUGAAUGGUCUUGAGUUUGGCCAAAAUCGGUUCUGAGAUGAGUGGCGUUUCUUUUGACAAAUCGCUACUUUACUAGAAUUACAAAAACAGACAAAGUCUUUAAAAGCUGCUACCCACCUAUUAUCACACUGAGGUAGUUAAUUAACAUAUUGGAGGCCUUUAAUCUGACACUAGUUCGUGGCAUGACACAUCUUAGUAUGUGCCUUUCACCUCCUCAUGAGAAAGUGAACUUUUAACAAAUCAAUAAUUUGAGAAUAAUUCACUGUGAAGUUGUUUAUUUUUGGCACAGGUGUAACUCCAAAUUUGUGUUGAGAUUUAUCUAAUAUCAUAACUAUGAUUUUGCUUUGAAUUUCUGUAAUCUCGAGUUGUUGGAGUUUUGUUAAUGAAUGGGCUGAUUUGAAGAUGAUCAGAAGUGUUAUCAUAAAACCCCUGUUGUAUGAUAUCAACCCAAGGUUGUUUAUAAGGAGGGGUCUAUCUGAGUUAUUGACGGUCGUCAAAAAUGUGUCGUGACUGAUGACUGAAGUACAGAGAUGGCUCCACCUUUAUGUUAUAUGUUUGUCACGAUGCUGUAUCUACAGAACAGACUGAUAUCUGUUAGAUUCCCGAUUGUUUGAUUCUGGGCUAGUCUGCCGCUUCCAGGAACGCUCCAUUCAAAAGGAUAUUAUACUAAUAGUCUUUUCAUCCUGAAUGAGCCUGACAUUUUCCUAAUAUUUUGAGUCUUUGAUGCAAAACAAUUACAUAUUAUGUGCUUAUAAUUUCUGGUCAAGUUAAAAGUUUUGUGCUAUGAACUUACAUAAAACUAUUUUAGCUUCCUGCAAAUGAUGGAAAUGGAUUUUGCUCGUUUUUGAAUUAAUCUCUUCACUCGUAUCUGUUUGGAAGUACACUGUAGUCUUAUUGUGGUUUAGUUGAAUUGUUUUGUUGACUUCACCACAAAGGCCAACAUUUCAUUAUUUUGAUUUCUUUACUUCCUAAAAGAUUCCUGAAACAUGUGGCCUUAUAGGAAUAACAAAGGAGGGUGGGGUAGAACACUUGAAGAAGAAUACAUUAUGUAGGAUAAGUUAAGUCGAGAUAAUCCAUUGACACUUUCAGGGAGAUUUGAUGCUAAGGCCAACAUGUAUCACAUUCAUAAUCGUGUUGUGCUGUCAUGUCCAUUGUGGGCAAGUGAAAGUGUGAGUGUAUUUAUAACUUCAAAGUUGAAGUGCACUAACAUCAUCUCAUGUAUACUAUUUACAUCAUAGAAAAAUCAUGUUACCACUAUCAGUAUAUUGGACGCUAAGUAUGAGUGGCAGUUACAUCAUGAACACUGUAAUCUCUUUGUCAAGUCUUGCCGGGAAAGAUCAAAGUUUGAUUUCUUAAUAAAGGCUGAUGGCAACAUAGCACCUGUAGGUUUCAAAAAGAGUGACCAAGUAUAUGUGAACAAACUAACAGCAGCAUAAUAAUCCACCUUCAGUAAAGUCAUUUGGAGUGACUAUGAGUACUGCAGUUGCAAUUGCUUUCGAUUGUAAUUAGUAGCAUUGGCCUUGAAGUUACUGGCCAUGGUCUGCGUUAUCACUGUCAAACAACUUGAAAAUCAAAUGGCCCAUUCCAUCCUGUAAACCUUAACAACCAGUGCUAUUCGUGUCUAUCAAAUGAUGGCUGUUCUUCCUCCCCAGACGGUAUAGAUAAACUACCAUACCAAGGCCUAGUUGAACAAGAAAGCUUAAAGCUUGAUGAUAUAUGUUUGUAGUUUUCACUGCAUGCUUGUACUGUUGUUCAACAACUGUCUGCAGUGGAAUUCCAUGCACCUCAUCCUCAUGGCACUUGAUAAUAGGUGUAUCAGAUCCUGGUCGUAUCUAAUCAAUAACUACAGCAGCUGGUCUGAAAACAGUCGUGUCAUUUAAACAUUUCUCUGUAUAUGGUAAUAUGUUUUGUCACAGUUGAAUCGCACUAUAGGUACUCUUUAAAACAUCUGUUGUUGCGAACUUAAUGAUGGCAAUAGAGACAGAGAGGGGUUAACAGUAUGAAUGCACUUUCGAGUCAGUUUUGAUUUCAAAUCAUAUGAUUUCACUUUCACUUGAGCACAUUUUAUUGAUGUGUGUUGUUUGUGUGCAGUGGUUUGACACACUUCCACUAGGGGGCCCUAGGUGGCAUUAUUGAAGAAAUUAUGAAAAUACUGAUUAUAGGCACGAGUUUUAAUCUUCCAUUCAACGCCUUUGCCUCCCAGGUAUGUGUGGGAUCACCCAGAUGAACUACCUGGAUCCCCUUAUGUGCUUAAUGGAUGGCCCCUGUUCAUGUGCUUAGUCGUCUGGUGUAAACUUUGAUAGCAAUGCCCAGCACCAGUGCAUUGCUAUGCUGGUGCUGCCAUUUAGAAUGUUUGCAGGGCUCCUGAUCAAGUUCACAGAACUUUGUGUCACCCUUGCCAAGUCCAUCACAAAAAGAUGUCAGCAACCUGAAUUAUAUAUUGUAUUAUUGCAACAUGGAUGCUAGAUGUGAACGUCACACCCUGUGAAUGCUCUCUGUUUGGGUGGGACUUCAUGUUUGUUGAAACAUCAGUUUUCAAUAGGAAUUACUGUAAAGAUGGCUAGGUGCUGUUGCAGCUUUCUCUAUGGCAGCACAAGGUGUGCAAUGAUUAUAUUCGAUGCGAGUCUGAAUGGCUCCUUACUGUAUGACAGUAAUCCAUACUCCUUAAAACUCCCAAUAUGUUCAAUAUUGGUGUUGCUAUGGAGACAAUAAAGCACUCACUUGAGGUGAGACUAUACAUGUACAUUGUAUUUGAAUGUCCUCAAAUUAUGUAUAAACUUAAUGUAUAUUCAUCAGAUUAUUCCGACCGAUUCAGGGUGGAAUUGUGAUCUGUUUCAACAGAGCAAUAAUAAUCUUAUUCUUCAAGACUUUUAAAGUAACCACCAGGGCUUGAAAUGCUAUAACUGCUUUGUCCCAUUUCUCGAGUUUGUCACAUGAAUUGUACAGGAGCUUUUAAAAUGUAGUACAUACAUGCCAUAAUGGAAGGCCGAUGUCCCUUUCACUGUCCAUUUGGUGUGUCUACUGAAUAGAAAGAGUGACACUGACAUAGCUUCCAGUCUUCUGUACCAUGAUCUGAGGAAUGGGGCAUAGUUCCACAGUUUCCUCACUUGUAUAGAAAAUCUACCAAACUGCUACGAUGUAUGACUAGCUUAUUUCCCUUUACCAGCUGUACAUCGCUAUUUUGUGGAUACAAUUUCAUGCCAUGUACAAAAGAAUCCAAAGAGAAAGUAGAGGUUGGAGAGAUGUCCCAAUUUAGGGCGGAGGUUUGACCUUUCGCGAUGUGGAAUCUAUACAUGUACUAAAUGUAGCUCUUUUACACCAAAUUCUAUCAGAAUACAUGUAUAAAUAUGUUCCUCCCCUUCUUUCAAAAGAUGGCGUGACCAACUAUUCUCACCGAUACCAAAAUGAGAUCAAAACUUGGUUAAGAAUGACGUGAGGUUGAAUAAAGAUGCUUAUUUAUGUCAAAUAA